AUGGUCAGAAACUCUCGACAAACUGCCCGCGCUGCGAUCUUGGCUAUCUUGGUGUUCUUCGGUGUUGCAACAUUGUUGAAAAUCCCAACCACUUCAAAUAGCCAAGGCAGCCCUAGUAAUGAUCCCAGAGUUCUUUUUGACAAGGAAAUCGACUGGUCUCGAUUUGCCUACACCCAGUAUGCCACGGACCGGUCUUAUCUUUGCAACUCACUCAUGAUAUUUGAGGCACUUCAUCGCCUUGGGAGUAAAGCCGACCGUGUGAUGCUUUUUCCUUCCGAGUUCAUGAAAUCCGAACAUGAUAGUUCCAAAGAGAGCAUUUUACUUCGAUUUGCACGAGAUAACUAUCAAGUCAAGCUUAAGCCUAUCGAAGCCCAGUUGAGAGGAGGCGGCGGCGCGCCAUGGUCAAAGAGCUAUACAAAGCUGCUUGCUUUCAAUGAAACAGACUAUGACCGUAUUCUAAAUCUAGACUCAGAUGGGACCCUUUUGCAGCACAUGGACGAGUUGUUUCUAUCCUCAUCUGGCUCAGUCGCCAUGCCCCAGGCAUACUGGAUGGGGCCCGAAAGUUCGGUUUUCACCUCUGGAAUUUUGCUAAUCGAGCCAUCAAAGCACUCUUUUCAUCAAAUUAUGAAUCGAAUAUCCACCGCAGACGGAGAUAAAUAUGAUAUGGAGAUCAUGAACGAAAUUUACGGCCAUAGUUCAAUGGUCAUACCGCACCGUCCAUAUAUCCUUUUGACGGGGGAAUUCCGAAGCAAAAACCAUGAAGCAUAUUUGGGCAAUGCGCAGGAGUCCUGGGAUGCGAAGACAAUCUUCAUAGAAACAAAAUAUCUUCAUUUUUCGGAUUGGCCACUUCCCAAGCCAUGGGUAGCGCCCCAAUCUAAUGUUGUGGAAGAAAUACAACCUACCUGUGAUUUGAAUCCAAAAACCAAUCGACCGGAUGACUGCCGGGGUCGGGAUAUUUGGCUUGGUAUCUACGAUGAUUUUAAAACCAGGCGUGCU